UAGGAGAGAGAGAGAGAGAGAGAGAGAGAGAGAGAGAGACACCAAACCCUGGUCGCCUCGUCUUUCAGUCUCAAACCCCCCUCUUCCACUCUGCGCCUCCUAUAAGGCAUUGCACCGCUCUCCUACGGCCGUCUCGCUGCUGAGUGGACCCGUAUUGUUUUUUUUGCAAGCGCAAACUAACCGCAGUUGUUUGUUUUUUUGUUUUUCCGGAGCUGACAGAAGUAAAAGAAGCGAGAGACCAAGAGGAGAGACAUGGCCACGACAACCUGUACGCGAUUCACAGACGAGUAUCAGCUGUACGAGGAGCUGGGGAAGGGAGCCUUUUCAGUGGUGCGCAGAUGUGUUAAGCUGUGUACAGGACAGGAGAAUGCCGCCAAAAUAAUCAACACCAAAAAGUUAUCUGCGAGAGAUCACCAGAAGCUGGAGAGAGAGGCUCGGAUCUGUCGCCUGUUGAAACACUCCAACAUCGUUCGUCUUCAUGACAGUAUAUCAGAGGAGGGCUUCCACUACCUGCUGUUUGACUUGGUGACCGGAGGUGAACUGUUUGAGGACAUCGUAGCCAGAGAGUACUACAGCGAGGCCGACGCCAGUCAUUGCAUCCAGCAGAUCGUGGAGGCGGUGCUUCACUGCCAUCAAAUGGGCGUGGUGCACCGGGACCUGAAGCCAGAGAACCUGCUCCUAGCAAGCAAAUGUAAGAAUGCCGCAGUGAAGCUGGCUGACUUCGGCCUGGCCAUUGAGGUGCAGGGGGAUCAGCAGGCCUGGUUCGGUUUCGCUGGCACACCGGGGUACCUGUCCCCUGAGGUAUUGAGGAAGGAGGCAUAUGGCAAACCUGUGGACAUCUGGGCCUGCGGGGUGAUCCUCUACAUCCUGCUGGUGGGUUACCCUCCUUUCUGGGACGAGGACCAGCACAAGCUGUACCAGCAGAUCAAGGCCGGGGCGUACGAUUUUCCUUCCCCAGAGUGGGACACAGUCACCCCAGAGGCCAAAAACCUGAUCAACCAGAUGCUUACCAUCAACCCAGCCAAGAGGAUCACUGCCCAGGAGGCCCUCAAGCACCCAUGGGUCUGCCAACGGUCCACAGUGGCGUCUAUGAUGCACAGACAGGAGACCGUGGAGUGCCUGAAGAAAUUCAACGCCAGGAGGAAACUCAAGGGGGCCAUUCUUACUACCAUGCUGGUUUCUCGAAAUUUCUCUGUGGGCAGCAGACAGACCACUGCUCCAGCCUCUGUCACUGCGGCAGCAGCAGCGGUGGCUGCAGCCGCCAGCACCACCGCAGGGCUGAUGGAACAAGCAGCUAAGUCCUUGCUCAACAAAAAGGCAGAUGUCAAGCCCCAGACAAACAGCACCAAAAACAGCAUAGUCACCAGCCCCAAAGGAAACGUCUCUUCACCUGCUCUGGAACCUCAGACAACCGUCAUCCAUAAUCCAAUGGACAGGACAAAGGAAUCAUCAGACAGCAGCAACACCACUGUGGAGGAUGAAGAUGUGAAAGGAAAGAGCUUAGACAACAGCUCGCUUAAGGCGCAGUCCAGCACAAGCUCCCAGCCAGAUAGCACCCAGGGCUCCUCACCUGCGGUGUACUCUGCCACAAAGUUUGCUGACCUGCUGGGCUCAGUGCGUAGGGGCUCAGGGCCCACAUCCAACGGGGAAGGGAGAUCCACUCCACCUCCCACUGCCCUCUCUGCCCCCUCCCCUCCACACACCCCCGCUGUCCCCUUGCAGAUGUCUCGGCUCACAGACCUGGUAAGCAGCGUCCGCAGGGUGCCGGCGGCCCCUGCACCCGAGGGUGACGCUGCACUGGUACCUAGCGCCAGGCCCACCCAUCCACCUGCACACACCACAUCCCCACCUCCCCCUCACUCCCCCUCCAGCCCUUCCCUGUCUUCCUCCCAGAUGCGCAAACAAGAAAUUAUCAAGAUCACCGAGCAGCUGAUAGAGGCAAUCAACAAUGGAGACUUUGAGGCAUACGCUAAGAUCUGCGACCCUGGACUGACUUCGUUUGAGCCGGAGGCGCUGGGCAACCUGGUAGAGGGGAUGGAUUUCCACAGAUUCUACUUUGAGAACCUUUUGGCUAAGAACAGCAAGCCCAUCCACACCACCAUCCUGAACCCUCACGUCCACCUGAUCGGCGAGGACGCGGCCUGCAUCGCCUACAUCCGCCUGACUCAGUUCGUUGACAACCAGGGUCGGCCGCGGUCCAGCCAGUCGGAGGAAACGCGCGUCUGGCAUCGCAGAGACAGCAAGUGGCAGAACAUCCACUUCCACUGCUCAGGCGCACCAGCUGCGCCGCUCCAGUGAGGGUUGAGUGCUAUAACUAUGUCUGUCAGGAGUGCUCUGCUGGAGAGAGAGAGGAGGAAGAGGAGGAGGAGGAAGAAGGAAUGAAAGGAUGAAAGAACAACUCCAGGGUUGGUUUGGGGACAGGCCCUUCAACAACAGAUCCUCCCACACUGGACGCUCGGCUCAGCCCCCAGCAUGCAUCGCUUCUUUUACCACUGUCUGUCACCUGCCCCACAACAUCUUCUGACAACUCUCAAACAAAUGGCUCGACGUCCUUCCUCUUCUUCCCUCCGGCACACCGGGGGGGUUUGGGUUGUUUUCAGCACUCGGUGUGAUUCCUUCUUCCUGUGCUCUCUUCCUCCCUUCCCCACAAUUUGUUGUGACACCAACCCUCUUGUCCUCCUGUGAAUCUACACUUGUGUGACAUAAACACUGCACUGGAAAUACAGUAUGUAAAGUUUUAAGUAAAAUCUAUUAUCAUUACUCUAUUAUUAUUAUUAUUAUUAUUAUUAUUAUCAUUAUUAUUGUUACACAUUUGCAAUCGUAUAUGUAAUUUGUAUAAUUCAAAGUUCUUGAUGCCAGUGGUCUCUAGAGUUGAAUGAAAUCUUUUUAGUUUUUCUCUCUCUUUUUAAGGAAGCAUGUCUUUUUCCCAUAUUAACAGUGGCUGUUUUUUUAUUGUGGCUAUUAAGUGGAUAUGAUAUUGGCAGUUUUUGUAAUUUGCUUCUUGUAUGUGAGCUAUAAUACUGCGCCCGAACUCAUGGUCAACUUGUUUUAGUUUGUUUUGGGGUUUUCUUUUCUUUUUCUUCUUUUUGUUGUUGUUUUUUUGGAAGGGGUGUGUCUGAUGGUGUCAUGUGUGAAUGUAGAGAGUGUGUGUGUGUGUGUGAGUGUGUGAGUGAGUGAGUAUGUGGUGAUGUAAGCCCGACACACACUAGUUCAAACUUUACGACUCGGUACAGUUUCAGGAAGCUGCUGUGCUUUUUCCUCUUGCUGCAAUGUAAAAGGGGUGAGCUGAGCUCAGUGUCUUCCUGCCUCAAAACGUCAACAUUUCAAACAUACAAAGCAAACAGCAUGCAACAGGAGUUCUAUCGUUGACUUUUACAUAUUAGUGGUCGACGCUGUAAUGGUAGAAGGCCCUGCGCUGAAAAUGACGAGGACGUUAGCGACAAUGUUUCCACAAUGAGACAAUUUUUAAAAAAUAUGACAAGAUAUUUAAUGCUGUAGAUGACAUACUAACUUGUUUUGUUUCAACAAGAAACUUAAUGUUAAAAUAACACAUCCCCUUUUUACACAUUAUCCCAAAACAGGUUGGUGUGUUAUAUAAAGAAAUUAUUUGUAUAGGAGGAAAGAUCACAGCCAAUAUGAGAGAAAAGGUAUCGUUUGAUACUUUAGUUUACUUUACUGAGGUAUUUUGAGGGUGAUGUAGCUUUAAUUGAGCACAUAGAAGCAGACAUUAAGAACAUUUUUCAAACAUGCAGGGCUAUACAGAAGAAGGACCUCUUAAAGGCAGAAUCAUAUCUCUUAAAUGAAGUGGAGAGUUACGAAAGGCUGCACAGAAACAAGUCCCAGUACGGUUUUAAAGUAAACUCAGGUUUAUCGUAAGUCCUGGACUAAACUAUGAACUGUGACCAGAGAAACAUCAACAGGUUUAGCUGGACACUAAAACGUUAAUCUACUCAAAAACAAACACUUUUUUAACAAAUUCAAGAACGUUUAAAAACGCAAAUCACAGCUAAUUAUGAAUUUACCAAAAAUACACUUUUUCAAAUUUAAAAAAUGCAUCGACAUUUAGUUUAGAUGUUGUAUUGUGUCGCUCAUUAGGACUCGCAACAUUUAAAUGCCCCAUAAAACAAACAAAUGAGAAAGGAUUAAAAAACAAUGUUUUGUCUUAUUAAACCAACUUGUGAUAUAAUAAGAACGUUUUCUUGUUAUGACAUAUUUUGUUAAUGAGAGAAAUAUGUCACACCGUAACAUCGAAGGUUUACAAUAUUUUUAGAUGACAACAAACUGAGCGCUAUGUUUUGCUCACAGCAGCAGUGACAUGCCUCUUCUCACACAAUGAUGAUUUUGUUCUGCAGCUAGCGGUGUUUUAAAAAGGUACUCGGGGAUUCAUGUUCAUUGCCCAUAUCAGUAAUAAAGAAUCAAGGGCGUGUAUGCUUAAAGCCUCUACACGUGUGAGGAGCUGUCCGCCGUACCUUCGUAAACGUGUGCAGAUAGUGAGGUUUGUGUCAGACUUCUGGGGUCUGGUUCCUCAUUUCAGGGCGAUUCUUUGCCACAGGGUGUGUGUUAGUGUGUGUGGUCGUGUGUCUGUCUGUCUGCAGGCAUGUAGAGUACAUCCAUUGCUCUCAGUCUGGAGGGGAAAUAUUGGAGGUGUGUAAAAGAUGUAAGGAGAAGGCUUUAUUUCGGAGGACACAUCAGUCCCCUGCCUUCAGUCCAGGGCUUUUUAAAAAAAAUAUUAUGAUUUUAUCUGUUUUUUUCUUUUCUCGUAUUAUGUUUUUCAUGUAUUAUCAGCUUUUUAUGAUAUUAAGUGCUUGUGCCAGGGGUGGCAAGAUUAAUCUGAUGGACUUUGCAGCACUGAGAGUUGUUUUUUUUAGGGGGUUUGACUUGCGAUCAGCUCUUCUGUACUCUGCUCGUCCACCAUUGGCUGCCUUCACAUUUGUCUCGCCCCUAUUGGUCAGACCAAGAUAUUAAAGAGACCGGGCAGUCGGUUUGAUGAAUAGUCCUCAGGUUUCUAUUUAUUUUGAAUAUUUAUUUAUUUAUUUUAGUGGAUAAUUUUAUUGUGCUUUUCUUUUUGUUUUUGUUUUCCUAUUACACAACUCGUGCACUUGUGCAAGUACUGUCUGUUGUUGAAAGGGAGUGUACUCCAUGUACGUUUUUUUAAAGGGAUAGUACACCUAAUUUGCAUCCUGCAUGUGUUUCUCUGAAACGACCAACAUGGUGGGAAUUAAUGUUUUAUUUUUUAUUUUUUGCGAUUUUUCUUCUGCAACUUUAGAUUGGGGUUGUUUUUGUUUUCGCUCUCUUCCACUAAGGUCAUUACCACUUUGCCAGAGUGGGACAUCUAUCACGUUUAAUCUCAUAUAAUUCAGGAUUGUAUUUUGAGUGAACUGAUGCUCCAAAAGCUUCUUUUUUUUUUUUUUUAAGGUGAUGAAGCUUUUUUACAAAUGAACCACUGAGACAUUGUAUUGUACUCGUGUCUCAUCCAGUAACAGUGUUAACGCCUAGUUGACCGUCUUCUAACACUAAAAGGUCAAAGGCUACCUGAAGGUGUUCAAGUGGGAUCGUGCUGGUCAAACAUGCCCCCCCCCUCCAAAAAAAAGAAGAGAUAGCAGCAUGUCCAAAGGUGUUGUUCUUCUGUUCUUCUUGCUGUGUUUCAAGCCUUGAAAGUAUUGAAAUAUAAUAGGAUUCACAUGUUUUAAAUGAGGGAGGACACAGUAUUACACACCUGCAACAGCGUAGCUGGCAUUUACUUUGCAUGAAAGUCAACUGGACACUUGGUUUUUGGUGUUUUCCUUUUUAUUUGGUUUCUCAUUUUCUACUGAAUGCUGUUAUACUCGACCUUUCUAUAUUCUCUCAGCUUUUUAAGUGCAUAUAAAUCAUUUUAGUCUCAAGAUGAUACAAAGAAGAUGAUCAGCAUGAUGAUGUUAGUGACUGUGGCGCUAUGAGGAUGUUGACAGUGUUGAUGAUGAUGAAGAUGACCUCUCAUGCUUUUCUAUGGGGCUCCGUGUUGUCAGUGCAGAACAUCUCACGUAGCUGAGAGAACACGAGGAGCGCUCGUUGACCAUCAGCACCAAGAGUGACUGGUGCUUCACUGAGCCUGCAUGUCACUUUGAGGGGCAGCACUCGAGUCCAACUGAGCGAUUAGAGGCAGCUCAAAGAGAGAAGGAGCUCCAGCAGGGGGCGCAGUCACACAGAGUAAAGCACAAACACACACAGACGGACAGCACAUUGAUGCCUCUGAUGCAGCUGCACAACAAGUUGACUUUAGUGUCAAAUCUGACAGACAUUGCAGUCAGAGACAACAGCAGUUGAUAAACCUCUGAUAAAUCCUGAUUGUGUAUGAAUGAUCAAAGCUGACAUGAUGAUAGAAGAUGAUUCAUUGUGCAGCCCUACAUAUAAACUACAAUAACAGUCCUUCUCUGGUGUCUGGAGGUCACUGAGAGCUCUGCUGCCUUCCCCUCAGCUGUUUAGUCAGAUGAAGCAUUACUGAGAUCAACUGGAGCCACCGUGUUCACUCUGAACCUCCGCCAUCUUCUUCCUCCAGACAGUGACUACGGUGCACUGACAACACUGAGUUGUCUUCUCUUGAUCUUUCUCUCUUUCUCCCGUUCCCUCUGUUUCAGACCUUAUUCAAUCAUUUCUCUGCAGUUGGCUCUUUCUAGUUUCCCUUUGUCUCUUUUUGUGUCUUUGGAUUUCUUCUGUAUGAUAAUAUUAAUCCUCUAGUUCUCUGAUUCUUCAGAUUAUUGCUCUGUUCUCUUACGUGCUACACGUGUUUCUAUGACUUCAAGAAAAUGUGUUACGGUGUUAUCAAUAAAAUGAUCAUUGAAAUAGAAAA